UAAUAGUGAGCAAAGCUCAUCACCAAUAUUAAUCAUCAAUGGAGGUGCUUCAUGAGUUCACAAAACCACAAACUCCAGACAAGAUGAUAGAGGAGGUUAAUGACAGUCCAAUUGAAGAAGUUCGACUCACCGUUCCAAUCACUGAUGAUCCAACAUUGCCUUGCCUGACAUUCAGAACAUGGACCAUAGGUCUAACAGCAUGUGUGUUGCUCUCCUUUGUGAACAUAUUCUUCGGUUAUCGCCAGAAUCCGAUCAGUAUAUCAUCGGUCUGUGUUCAGAUAGUGAGCUUACCAAUUGGGAAACUGAUGGCAACCUCACUGCCAACCAAGCUUGUAAGAAUUCCGCUCACAAACUGGUCCUUCUCGCUCAACCCCGGACCGUUCAGCUUGAAAGAACAUGUCCUUAUUACACUCUUUGCGAAUGCCGGUGCCAGCGGACCUUUUGCACUCGACAUUGUCACCCUUAUGAAGGCCUUUUAUCAUCGACGUAUCAAUCCAGUUGCUGCUUUAUUGCUAUCCCAUUCAACACAAUUACUGGGAUAUGGAUUUGCUGGAAUGUUUAGGAAGUACCUUGUGGACUCUCCUUACAUGUGGUGGCCGGGAAACCUUGUAGCGGUCUCACUCUUCAGGGCACUGAAUGAGGAGGAGAAGAGGCCAAAAGGCCGCCUCUCAAGACUGCAGUUCUUCAUGAUAGUCCUCAUCUCGAGCUUCGCCUACUACAUUGUCCCCGGCUAUUUCUUCCCUUCAAUAAGUGCUCUCUCCUUUGUCUGCUGGAUAUGGAAGAAUUCCAUCACGGCGCAGCAAAUUGGCUCUGGCUACAACGGGUUUGGAAUCGGCUCCUUCGGACUUGACUGGACUACCGUGUCAGGCUUCCUCGGGAGCCCAUUGGCAAAUCCUGCAUUCGCCAUCAUCAACAAAAUGGCAGGGUUUAUACUUGUAGCAUAUGUCAUAAUUCCAAUUGCCUACUACACAAAUGCAUACAAUGCCAAGCGAUAUCCUAUAUUUACUUCCAACGUCUAUGAUUCUAAAGGGCACCCCUACAACAUUACUCGUGUCCUCAACAACAAGACUUUCUCAAUAGAUUAUGAUGCAUAUGACAGUUAUGGCAAGAUGAAUGUCAGUAUGUUCUUUGCCUACAGAUAUGGGUUCGCAUUUGCCACACUUAUGGCUUCUCUCACUCAUGUUGCACUCUUCUACGGCAGGACAAUCUGGGAUUUGUGGCGGAAGGCUGCGGCGACAACUCAAGAUAAGUUUUUGGAUGUCCAUGGAAGAAUUAUGAAGAGAAACUAUGAACAAGUGCCACAAUGGUGGUUUAUGACCAUCUUGGUCUUAACUCUGGGUCUCUCCUUCUUCACCUGUGAAGGAUUCAAUAGACAGUUGCAGCUACCAUACUGGGGGAUCUUGUUUGCAUGCGCCAUGGCUCUGUUUUUUAUGCUUCCUAUAGCAGUGCUAAUAGCCACAACAAACCAGGGAUCUGGGAUAGGAGUCAUCACAGAGAUGAUUUUUGGGUACCUAUACCCCGGGAGACCUUUGGCCAAUUUGACGUUCAGGUGCUAUGGAGUUACUGCCAUGGGACAAGCUCUAUGGUUCAUAAGCGACUUCAAGUUAGGCUACUACAUGAAAAUCCCACCAAAAUCCAUGUUCAUCAUGCAGUUAGCCGGGACGAUAGUUGCAUCCACUGUCUCGUUUGGCACGGCAUGGUGGCUAUUAACCAACAUCAAAGAUAUAUGUCAUGCAGAUUUGUUACCUGCAGGAAGCCCAUGGACAUGUCCUGGGGAAGAUAUGUCCUACAAUAUAAGUAUCAUUUGGGGUGUUGUUGGACCAAACAGAAUUUUUGGCUCCCGGGGACUCUACACAAAAAUGAAUUGGUUCUUUCUAGUUGGUCUUUUUGCCCCAGUGCUGGUGUGGUUGUUAGCUUGGGCAUUCCCUAAGAAGAAGUGGAUCGCACUUAUCAACAUGCCGGUAAUCUUUGAGGCAAUAUUGCCCAUGCCCGCAGCCAAAUCAGUGCACUACAUAUCUUGGUGCAUUGUUGGGAUAUUCUUCAACUCAUUCAUAUAUCGAAAAUAUAAGAAUUGGUGGGCAAGGCAUACCUAUGUGUUGUCUGCUGGUCUAGAUGCAGGUGUUGCCUUUUUGGCUGUGCUUGCCUUCUUCGGUUUGCAGAACUACAAGAUAUAUGGGUUGCAAUGGUGGGGAAAUCAAAGUAACGACCACUGCCCUUUGGCAGCAUGCCCAACUGCUCCAGGAAUAGUAGUCAAGGGUUGUCCAACUUUUUAAGGUACAGAAUCACACCAGUUCUCCUUCUUUCUUCCUAUUUUUAGAUCCUGACAAAUCUUAUCUACAAUAAAAGCAGCAAAUAUAAGUAAGCAUUACAGAUUA